UCUGUCCACAUACUGAGGUGAUAAGGCCUUUCGAAGGCACAGCACAGCAGAACAGAGGAGAACCGCUUACCGCAAACAGGACUUUGCAGAGAUAUUACUCCCAAAGAGCACUGUACACUUCAAGCAUGGCACCUAUUUUACUGAACACUGCGGGCACUGACCACAAUGAAUAUAUCGAGCAUGAGGAGGUCCAUGUGAAAAACCCUCACCUGGACUCCAUGGAGGAGGACAUUCUCUACCACUUUAACCUGGGAACUAAGACUCACAACCUGCCCGAGAUGUUUGGAGACAUCAAAUUUGUGUGCGUUGGGGGCAGUGCCAACCGGAUGAAGUCCUUCGCCCAGUUCAUCCACGAGGAGCUGGCACUUCCCGGGGACGCGGGGGACAUCAGGGACAUCUGCGCCGAAACCGACCGCUACUCCAUGUACAAAGUGGGGCCUGUGCUCUCCAUAAGCCAUGGCAUGGGGGUUCCCUCAAUAUCCAUCAUGCUCCACGAGCUGAUCAAGCUCCUGCACCACGCCCGCUGCCGUGAUGUCAUCCUCUUCCGCAUCGGCACUUCGGGCGGAGUCGGCCUGGCCCCGGGGACGGUGGUGAUCACGGACAGGGCGGUGGACUCCUUCUUCCAGCCCCAGUUCGAACAGGUGGUGCUGGGCAAGGUGAUCGUCCGUAGCACGGAGCUCGACAAGGACCUGGCUCAGGAGCUGCUGCAGUGCUCCGCCGAGAUCCCCAACCUGCCCACCGUCACCGGCAACACCAUGUGCACCCACGACUUCUACGAAGGUCAGGGGAGACUGGAUGGGGCGCUGUGCUCCUUCUCCACAGAGGAGAAGCUGGAGUACCUGCAGAAGGCCCACGAGGUGGGAGUGAGGAACAUCGAGAUGGAGUCCACCGUCUUCGCUGCCAUGUGUCGCGUCUGUGGCCUCAAAGCUGCGGUGAUCUGCGUGACCUUGUUAAACCGCUUCGAGGGGGACCAGAUCACCACCCCUCACAGCGUCCUGACGGAGUACCAACUGCGCCCCCAGAUCCUGGUGUCACAUCUAAUCAAGAAACGGCUUGGGCUCAUCCAAUAGCAUUGCUGCCUGCCUGCCCGCCCCCGAAUGCCUCACCCUCCGAACUGUAUAUAUACCUGCGAACUUCCUCUGUAAAUAGUGUUGAUAUGUGUAUUUCACACUUAUUUAAAAAGAGUGUUGUCACGUUUGUAUUUCGUACAGCUCGGUGACUGUCUUUGCUGGAUAUGCAUUGCUCUCUGCUGACCUCGGAAGUACUCAACAAAUUUGUAAUCUCUAUGGGAUCUCAUAUUACAUGAUUCUACAUAUUGAUUUUUCACAUUUGUUUGAAUUGCUAGUAAAGAUUAAAAUCGCUGAUGUCUUCUCAGGGUUAUUAGUUUAG